AUGGAUAACAUUAAAGAUAAAUCACUAAAAAUAAACAUUUUUCAAUAUCACGUUGUUGGAAGAGCAACUCCAACAGAUAAAGACCCAAACCCCAAUGUUUAUAGAAUGUGCAUUUUUGCAAAAAAUGACACAAAUGCAAAAUCUCGAUUUUGGUAUUUUAUGAAAAAAAUACAUAAACUAAAAAAAUCAAAUGGAGAAUUAUUAGCAUGUGAACAAAUCAGAGAAAAAAAUCCAUUACGUGCUAAAACAUAUGGUGUAUUAUUAAGAUAUGACAGUAGAACAGGUACCCAUAAUAUGUACAAAGAAUUUAGAGAUACUACUAAAGAAGGAGCUAUUGCUCAAUUAUAUUCAGAAAUGGCUGGAAGGCAUAGAGCUAGAGCAUCAUCAAUUAGUAUAAUCAGAAUAUCUGAAAUAAGUAUACACCAUGCUAAGAGACCUCAUAUUAAACAAUUACUAAAGAAACGAUUAAGAUUCCCUGCUUUACAUUUACCAACCUUAUCAAAAGAAUUUAAAAGAAAAUAUGCACCAACACGACCAUCCACAUAUAGAAUGUAA